AUGAUCCACCCCGAAAUAGUCGCACCUCCUGGCUUGCGUGGCUUCCUCUCCGGCCUCUUCGUCCCUCUUCAAAACGCCUCCGCCAUUUGGGCGAGUGGCAUGUGCACCGCCUACUCUACCGAGACUCACAAGAUCGGCUGGCUCGUGCCUGCUUGCAAGACCGACGAUGCAAUCUUGGCCCUCCGCAAACUCAGGAAGAAGGAAUACUCGGCCAGUGGACAGGUGGAGGCAGAAGUUGAGCUGAUCGCUCGAGCGAUCGAAGAGGACAAUGCGGUGGUAGGAGGACGCUGGAUAGACUUGUUCUCUGGCUCGAUGUGGCGACGUACUCUGUACAUCAUGAUCAUGUUCGUUGUCUACGAAGCUGGCGGGAAUCAAUUCUACAAUUCCUAUGGUCCCUCUUUCUUCUUGGCCAGCGGUCUCGGCUCCAAGUCGUUCACCUACGCCUGCCUUGUGCAGAUGGCGGGCACCAUUGGCUCCCUCAUGACCAUCCUCUCACCGACCGAGUCGGUCGCCGGCCGCUGGUCUAAGAAGGACAUCACGACAAACACUUCGGCACAAAACGCGGCGGUGACGUCGUUCGUCAUGCUGCUCUGGUCUACCAAGCUGGCCUUUGCCACUCACGCCUUCAUCGUCACAAUCGAGAUGGGCCGCUCGCGUAUGAGAAAGAAGCUCAUAUUUGUUGGGGCGUUGUUUGACGUUUUGUCCUCUUUGGCCGUAUCUUCGCCUCUCCCUAUGUCGUGA